AUUUCUCCCCGUCAAUGGUGCCGAAUGGCAGUCAAUGGCGUAUAAUAGACGCACCUGUGUCGAUGCGUCAAAGGAAUCUCGUGUACUAUAUCGGAUGACGCCGCCCGAGAGCUGUGCGACGCGUUCCUAGGAGUGGCUUUUACAAUUCAACCACGACAAAUUCGUAUGUGUGAUACGUGCCGUUGUUUAACGGAUGUUGUUUAAGAUUGGCAUGUUAAAAAGUAGUGAAUAUGGAAGUGACGGGCACGUCCAGGGUGGCUGACACUCGUCUCUCGACAGUAGCCUCUGGUACCGGCGAUGCUAAUCUAAAGCUUAGCGAUGACUUCCUGCCAAACAAUGAAGAGCUGUUGCACGCCGAUGAUGUAACGGCUGGCGACGAGGAAGCUGUCGAUGUGCGAGCUAUGACAAACUAUGAAUUUUCUAUUGAUUCUGCUUCCGAUAACGGUAACGCGACGACAAGCAAGUACCAGGAACACGCCAAUUCAUCGCACAGUCCAUACCAAAUCGCGACGCCGGAGGAUGAUAAGACUGAAUUGUCAGAGGGAAUAACGGAGCACGCCAACAGCCACCAAGUAUCUCAGACUCCACUGGCCUUCACUAUUGAUUUUGGUAAUAACAAGGAAGUGGAUACGACAAAAUAUCAAAACUUGUUUGAGAGAUAUAACGCCAGGCAUAGGCGGAAUCUCUCUACAUCCAAGGUAGAAGUAAAAUCAAAGAAACUAAGUAAUUUAUUGUCUCCAAACUUGGUACAGAAGCAGAAAGUUCCUAGCACUCAUUCAGAAGAAUUAUCAGGAAGAUUUAAACAAUUAGCUGUCAAGAUUUCAUCAAAAGCACAUUCUAGCACAAAAAAAUCUACAAAUGAAGAUGUAGAUACUUAUCAUAAAAAUAAACAAUGUUUAAUGACAAGAUCUUGCGAUGAUGAAUCGCGGCAUAAUAAACCGUCUCAUCAAGGCCUUUCCCAAGAACUCGAAUAUCCAAUUGAAUCCAAUAAAAAUGUAUAUUGGACGUCUCCGAAAUCCGCAACGAUAAAUGACUUGAGUCGCGUUCAGAUUAACAAUUAUGACGACGACGAAAACGAGAAGCUGUACACGAAGAAUAUAGAGUACAUCGACGUCGAUCACGAGUACAAAGAAGUAAAUGAUUUUGAAGAUACAUCUUGUACAAUCACUAACAAAGUAUCAAAUAUGAAUUACAUUACCGAUGAUUUUAACAUAAAAAACACAAGCGGAAGAGAAAACAGUUUAUCCAGCGUUAGUUAUGCAAUGGAUUUAAAGGUGGAAGAGAGUGAUCUAGAUGUAUUUAACGUCAGUAAUGUCGAUGCCGGUUCCGAUGGUGCAGUGAGCGAAGCUGGGACUUACACGAUUCAUAAAGAUUAUACCGACGAGGAGAAAGCAAGAAUGGAUAUUGAUAAAGUUUUUAGCGUUGGUGUUUUGACAGAAGAUGAAAGUAAUGAGGCGUACGUUCAUAAUUUCAAGAUGAGCAUCUCUCGCGAUAACAACGCGUGGAUAUCGGAAUGGGCUACACAAGUAGUGGAACAUAAUUCACUACCUCCGAUGAUAGGCGGCUCAACGGGGCGUACACCGCCUCUCAGUCCUACUAAGAUACCAUCUCCGGUCCAUAGUAGAUCUCAACGAAUGUCGCGUAAUCGUUAUGAACAAUCGGACAGUAAUCCAGAUACUGAUACGUAUGUACGAAUAAAAGAAAGGAUUGGUUUGGCCUCGAGUCAACAUCAGAUCAUAGAUUCCGGCGGUGAAUCUGACGAUGAUACUAGUAAUAGUUACAACACGCCGCCUAACAGCUCGCAACGUACGCCUGUACAUAGUGUCGCAGCUAGACGCAGCAGUUUGUCCGAGUCAUUGUUUCGAAGAGCCAACACCAACGAAAAUAGACGAAGCGUCCGCAAAUACUUAAGUUCGGCCAGAUCAAAGACUGCUGACACGAAUGUAGAAUUAAUGAACAGCCCGUCCCAAGUUUUGUCACCCCUCCAUUUGGAAAGAAGAAGCAGCUCUCUUGAUAGGAAGGAAUAUGCUUCUGAUACAACGGAAUCUAAUACGUCCAGAAGAAAUAGUAUGAAAUAUAAGGAAGAAGAUUUUAAGCAACAGCACACAAACAGUCCCAUCUUAAGCCGUCUCAGACCACCUACGCCAAAAUUGACUAACAGUCCUAUUGUAAGUCGUAAAGCUGCUGCAACAAAAGUCCUGAAUUCUCCUAUGUUAGAACGAUCUAAGCACAUGACGAAAUCGUCCCAACAGGCGAAAAAUAUAGGAUAUUUUACAUGUGUCGAAAAUAGUCCGUAUAUGUUGAGAAAAUCCAAUAGCACUACAAAUUAUCAUGAAGGAACCAGUUUUGAUAAAGAUAUCUCUAUUAAAGCGCCUAAUGUGUCACGUAACAGUCCAGAAUUUCAACGGCAUCUCAAUAUACAAAGAUCAUCGAGUAACGCAAGUAUUAGAAACAUAAAGUCGCAGAAUAUGGUGACGCGUCGCAGCAGCUUCAACAACAGCGACGUUGACAGGAUAUCGUCAAGAGGAAAAUUUCACGUCGCCUCUGACAGUAGCAGCGAAACUGGCGAACAACAAAGGAAAUCUCCAUUAACACCGAUCUCAUCCGGGAUCAAGUUAAAUAGAGCUUUUAGUAUAAGAAGAGCAAGAUUAAAUUGCGAAUCUGAUACAACGCCGAACACAACCCCGGAAGAAAGGCGUAGACGAGCACAGUCUGAAGUAAAGACUUCAGCACCUAUGAAUAAACAACAAAGUUAUCACCACAGUCGCACAAGUAGCGUUGGAGCGCACAGUAAGGAGUCAUUGAAGAAAUCAGAAUCAACGAAAUUUAGGACACCAUCUAUAUCUAGAACUGAUACUGGUAGAUUUAGUAUGAGAGCUACUAAGCCUACUCAUCAUCCUCCGGGCAAUCAGAAAGCGAACCAAAAGCCAAGUAAAGAGCACAAGAAGUCUGGUAGAAGUAAUUCCACUCUCACAUCGAAGGAAGUGGAAUUUCAGAAUUGGAAAAGACGGAAAAGCUAUGAUCCAAUGAAAGCAGCGGCGGAAGGUAGAAAAAAAUUGAUAGAUAAUACAAAAAAGCAUCACAGUACCGAAGAUAGUUCUGGAAACCAUGACAAUUCCGUGUUGAGAUCUGCGAGUUUUCAUGGUACAGGAGGUGCUCUCUCACUGGCCAAUGAUUGGUCAGACAAUGAGUUUAAUGAUUCUUAUCAUGACAACCAAGUACCACCACCUAGCAGUCCGCAGUUGGAUAGCGAUAGUGACUUGGAAACUUCAUCUUAUCUGCAAACAACUCAAAAUGUCGUGUCUGCCAUGUCCGCUCGCAUGACAGGAUAUCGCCCUCCUCUCGACUCGGAUAACGAAAGCGAUGAAGAUACGAGUCAUAGCCUGCAUCAAAAUAUACCGAAGGGACUGCGCCAUCCAAGCGACACCGAGAGCAGCGAUGAACGACAUCCCAUGGCGCAAUCUCCUAUCUCCAAUACAAAAUAUAAUAGAGAACUUAGUUUGCGUAGAGUAAAACUGGACCCGCAACGAACAAAACCUGUGUCUUCCACUGCAAACAAAGCUAAACAUUUCUUGCACGAUGCCCGUGGCAAACCCGAAUCCAUUUGCAAUAUCAGUAGAACUGAUUCGGGACGACCUAGCACACGAGUUAGUAGAACUUUGGGCAUGGGGCCUAAAAGCAAACCAAAAGAAUCGAAAAAGCCUCCGGCGCCAAAUAUACGGGAGGUCGAGAUGCAAAAUUGGAAACGUCGCAAAAGCUACGAUCCAAUGAAAGCAGCAAUGGAAGGAAGGAGGAAAGCAGGUUUGGCGAAGAAGAAUAUCAACGAAAAUAUGUCACCAAGCCAUGUAGCAAGGUCACAGAGUUUUCACGGAUCAGUAGGAUUGGUUGUCAGUGAUUGGAGCGACGAGGAACCAGUCAUAUCUGCGGACGAAGCCCCGUUAUAUUAGAAUUGUCUCAAAACUAUCGGUAGCAUAUAGAAAUAAGUACGCGUGAAAGUAAGAUAAAGCCAAAUUAUUGACAAAAUUCUUGUAUAUAAAAGCGCCAAAAUCGAGUGAAUUUUACAAAACGCUUUACGAGCACUCCUAUAUGUACCUAAAACGACUCUAGCAAGACAAGUAACUACAUAAAGAAUUCUUUCUAUAUUAUAAAUUUAUGAUCUAUAUAUAUAAAGAUGUGCACAGGGACUGCCGACCCAUAAUUGCUAAAUUCUGAGUUACAAAAUUGUGCUUCCAAAAAAUGAUACUUAAAAAUAUAUGCUGAAAUUCACAGUAUUAACAUUAAAACGGCCAAUUGCUUAUUUUUAAUUUAAUUAAUAUAGAAAAAUGUUUUUUCCGCAUUUUGUUUUAUAUUCUUUGUUGCACGUAAAAUAAAAUAUUGCCUAAAAAUGUAGUUACGUCGAAGAAAUGUUUUACACAAACGAUAUUAAUGUAGAAAAGAAGAUUGAUUGAAGGUUAAGGAAAAUUAAGAUACUUUAGUAUCAAGUGAAAUAUAACGGAAAAAUGUGUAUUUAAUUUAAUAAUAUAAUACAAGGGGUGCUAUAGGUAUAGAGAAAUAUAUGUGUGUUAUUGGUUUAAUUAUAUUUGGACCAAUCGCGUAGCGUUUAUGUACAAAUAUUUGUAUCUCUAUAACUGCAUUUUAUCUCUUAUUGAUGCAGUCUAUUCAUCUAAACAUAAAAUACGCAUGUCCGUCGCUUGAGUAACUUAUGAAACGUAUUUUUUCAUUAAGAGCAAGAAAAUAGAAAAGCGCAAGGAUGUUUAAUGUGUAAAUUUAUGUAUCUUUCUUUCUCGUAUUAUUGUUAAGAUGUAUGUAUAUUACACGUUGUUUGUUUAUAAUAGUUCAAAUAUCAUAUUAACAUUGGUACUCGCGAUUUCUUCCUGUUAGCGUAAAGAUCGAUAUAGAAAAAAUAACGUGCUACGCUCUCUUCCAAAGCGCGCAAUGAAUUGUAGUAAAUAACUUUCCUCUAUAAUAAUUUAAUGUGAUCACGAAGGGCUUUACGAUGAUCUUAAACAUUAAGGUGUAUAUAAUACUAUCGAUCGGUUUAACAAUACAUUCUUUGUUUCUGAUUUUAUAUAAACUAACAAGUUUUUCCAUUUUGCUCUAGUAAGUUGAAUUAUCCUUAAUACAUUCGAUCGAGUAAUAUUACAUGACACUAAUAUAACAUAAGGUAUAUUUUAUACAUAAGUACUUGUUCAGAAAAUUGUAUCACUUGUUCAACAGACUGGUUGCUCUAUUGUAAAUUUGAUGAGAAUUUUAUCUGGAUUAUCUUUCCUAAAAUUUCGUAAAAUUUAUGCGAGUUUGUUGUGCAUAUCGCAAGCAUUACGAUAAAGGAUUAUAUUAAUGCUCCCUUUAUUGCAUAAUCCCUAAACUAUUAUUCUGUUAUCUAGCAACAGUUUUACAAACAACUUAACAAUGUAACAACUUUUGUGAUAUUUUGUAAUACACUAUAAUAUUUAUUUUUCUAUAUUAUACAACUGAAAAUUUAGUUAAAAUUAUUUAUUAAAUUUUAUGCUUGUUAAUUUAAAGUUUAUUGAUCUACAACACCUUUAUUUAUAUGGAAUUAUGCAAUAAAGGUUUUAGAAAAAAUGUGAUAUUAUGGCAGGAUUAGAAAGUUACUGAGUUAAACAAUAAUAAUACGGAUUUGUUAAAAAUGAGUAAUAAUAGUUUCAAUAAUUGAGCAUCGAUAUUAUGAUUUUGUUUUAGUGAUAAUUUUGUUAUGCUACGCAAAAUUUGACAGUAACAUUGUAGAACUAACUGUAACUUGUGGUUUUUGUUAUUAAAAUUUAUAUUAAUUUUUUUGUGGCAAAAUAA